AUGUUUGCACAUUGCUACAUCUAUCGCGACCCUAUUAAAGGCAGCGGAGACGACAGCGCUCUCAGUGUUAAUCCUCAACGCGAAACAAGUGCGCUGCAGUCUGGAAUAUUAAUAUGCGAACGCGAGUUGCACGGAGCGGUCUUUCGCGUAAUUGCCUCGGUCAUACCUCAGCUGGCCACCUCUCCGACCAGUUUGCGAAGCGGAGGCGCCCAUCCGCUCCCAGCCUACCAGCUUUUGUUUUCAAACUCUGCGAACGCGCGACACCUGAGCAAUGUUGAUUGGACGGGCUUGCUAGAAUUGAACCGCAACUACGCACCCUCUAAUAAGGCA